AUGGCUACUAUCAACAACAACAAUCUGACUUCUGCUGAAGCUCCACAUAAGACUGUCAACCCACGCUCUUAUGAUGACCUCCUCGCUGUAGUUGAGGCAAUCAAAUCUCAAGUCGGAGAAGAGAAAAGUUAUGCUGAGAUUGGAAUCAUCUGUGGAUCCGGUCUCGGACCAAUCGCCGAUGAAGUCGAAGAUGCUUUCGUUCUCCCAUACGAAAAAAUUCCAGGCUUCCCUGUUACUCACGUCGUUGGACACAAAGGAAAUUUGGUUUUUGGAAGCAUGAGUGGACGUCGUGUUGUUUGUCUCCAGGGUCGCUUCCAUCCUUAUGAACAUGCCAUGGAUCUUGCUCUGUGCACUCUACCAGUUCGAGUAAUGCAUUUGCUUGGAGUUCGUACAUUGGUCGUUAGCAAUGCUGCUGGAGGAAUCAACCCCAACUUCCAGUUUGGAGAUCUUAUGUUGAUCAAAGAUCACAUUUUCCUUCCUGGAUUAGCUGGAUUCUCUCCAUUGGUUGGAGUAAAUGAUCCAAGAUUCGGUGCUCGCUUCGUUAGUGUUCAUGAUGCCUACGAUAAGCCACUCAGAAAUCUCGCUCAAAGUUUGGCUAAGGAUGAGGGAUUGACCCUUCAUGAAGGAAUCUAUGUUAUGUCUGGAGGUCCACAAUAUGAGUCUCCUGCCGAAGUUCUUCUCUUCAAAACUGUUGGAGCUGAUGCUUUGGGAAUGUCCACAUGCCAUGAAGUGACUGUUGCCCGACAAUUGGGAAUCAAAGUUUUAGGCUUCUCCCUCAUCACUAACAUUGCUAAUUUGGAUGCUGACAACUCUGUUGAAGUUUCGCACGAGGAAGUCCUGCAAACUGCCAAGGAAGGUGGAGCUCGCGCUUCUGCUUUCGUUAAGAAACUCCUUGAACGAUUCCCUAAAUACUAA